UGUCCAUGGAGCUCCUUCCUUUCUUCCUCCUCCUGCUCAUCGGCGCCACCGCCGUGGCCCACGGCGAACCGGCGUACCCUGGCUACGGCGCCGAGCCGACGUGCGGCGUGAAGGAGGAGUCAGCGGCGCCCGCGCCGGAGAGGCGCGAGGAGUUCGACGGCGGGCGGAUCCUGGACAUCAGCCACUACUACCGCGAGGACAUGCCGGCGUUCGAGUCGGCGGAGGGCACGCCGGGGUUCCUGCGGCUGGCGCGGUCCAUGCGCAACGGCUCCGACAUCGCCAACUUCUCCGAGCUCCGCCUCACGGCGCACUCCGGCACCCACGUCGACGCGCCGGGCCACGUCUUCGAGCACUACUACGACGCCGGCUUCGACGUCGACACGCUCGAUCUCGCCGUCCUCAACGGACCAGCGAUGUUGGUUGAUGUUCCAAGGGAUAGCAACAUAACAGCUGAUGUCUUGGAAUCUUUGCAUAUUCCUAAAGGAGUCCGACGUGUUCUGUUUCGAACCUUAAACACUGAUAGAAAGCUUAUGUGGAAGAAAGAGUUUGAUUCAAGUUAUGUUGGCUUCAUGGAGGAUGGUGCUCAGUGGUUGAUUGAUAACACUGACAUCCGACUAGUCGGAGUUGAUUACUUAUCUGUGGGAGCAUAUGAGGAAUGUAUUCCGGCUCAUCUAGUUUUCCUUGAAAAAAGGGAAGUCAUCAUUGUGGAAGCUUUAAACCUUGAGCAUGUUGCCGCCGGAGUAUACACCUUGCAUUGCUUGCCACUAAGGUUGCGCGGCGCUGAAGGCUCUCCAGCGAGAUGCAUCCUCAUCAAGUAACAAACCGUGAGAUGUGUUGUCAAGAAAUAAGGGGAUAUACAACCCAUGUGAAGCGAUUUUUCAUAAAACUGAAGGUCGAUCGUCAUCCCACCAAGGCAUCCGUGUAUUGCUUGUAUAAAUAUGAAGUAGCAAAUGUGCGUGUCCAGUUUCCAAUGUACAGUAGAUAGAACAGAGUUUGUUGUUCUGCAACUAGUACAAGUUUUGUUGUAAAUUUGGAAGGUACGAACCCUGUAAAAUGCUAUUUGGAAGUGACUCGAAAUUCAAUAAGGCUAGGCUCGGGCCAAUCUAGGUAUGCCUUGGCGUGAUGCAGGCCGGUUAAUAAAACACAAUUGGAGAAAGUGACAUGUUCAGUUGACUAAA